UGCAAAUGCCACCAUCCCACUCAAGUUCAGGUAAAGAUAAGCUUAGAGGAGAAUUAAUUAGCAAUAGACCAUUGGAUAAGAAGUAGGGGGUUCUUUCAGUAGGGCUUUAGAAUGGUUCGAGAGAAAGUUGAGAUGUUUGUAUGGAUUAAAUGGGGAUUAGAACUACUUUUGUCUUUGAGUCAUGAGGUUUUAUAGAGUAUCUUUGUUCUAUUGAUGACUCUGAAGGACCGGAAAUUCCAGAUUUUUGCCAAGGAGAGAUCUUAGAAGACCCAUAUUUUGAUCUUGCUGAUAAUCUUGAAUCAUUGUUUGAGAUUCCUGUUAACUUGCUUGAUGAGUCUCUUCCAAAACUUGAGAGCCUUAAAUCAUCAGAUGAUAAUGGUGCUAAAGUAUUCUCAAAUGGAGAUAAAAUUUGAAGUUCAGAAGUCAAUAAAAUCCAAAUAACACAAGAAAAUAGUGUAAAGAGUUCUGUUUGACAACCAACAAUGCCUGCUGUAGUUACUAAAGUUUCAGAUACGAUUCAUAAAAGGUGGGGGAGGAACCAAGAUAAAGUAUUAUUCCAGACAAUCAGAGAUAUGGAGCAAGAUCAAAUCAUCAUUCUUGAUGAGAUUCUUAACCUCAAUUCUCACUCCAACAAUUAUGAAGGCAUUGAGCAACUGAAAGAGAGAUCAGGCUGGAAGGCUUGCCAUGCAAAGCUCUUGACUAGGAUCAAAUCGUUAUAUUCAUCUGAGUUCUCGUUUCGAGAAAUCAAAAAGCUUAAAAAGAUUCUCCGUAACACUUAUAAUUUUGGUGAGAUAGAUUAUGAAAAAUUGAUCUACGAGUUCCCAGGCAAGACCAUGACUGUCUUGACAGAAAUAUGUAUCAGACUAAAGGAAUCAUACGGAAACAAGAGCCUGAGUAGCAUUAAAAACAAUAGAAAGAUUAUCAAAUAACCACUCACAUUUAUUCUUCAUAAAAGUCUAAAGUGGACCAUUCUCAUCACUAAUUUUGCCUCUUAAGUUUCAACAUCCAUUGGUUUUACGAAUUAACAUAAAUAACAUAUAACGUCUUAAACUCGAUUGCGCGAGGCUUCUCUAUUUCAGUCUUCGAUAAGAAUACUGAAACUACUUUAUUUCAAAAUUUUAACUAUAUUUGAUAGUUAUUAAAGUUGAACGGAUAUGAUAUUGUUAAAUGACUCCAAAUACUUUCUUCUCACGCAUUACCAAGAUACUUCGAAGUCAUUAAUCAUUAUUACAUCUAUAAAUAUUGUUCUGAACUUGUUUGAAGUAUUUCUAAAAGACAUUAAUCCUUUGAAAAGUUUCUUCUCAAUCCUUUUAUUAUUAUUAAUAAUGAAACUAGGAAAUGAGGGUACAAUAAUGAGCAUUCUUUUAAAACUCUAUCUUUCUUUUAUGCUAAAGGAAAAUACUUCUGAUAAACAGUUUUUCAUAUUUUGUAUAUCAAUUUUUAUAAAGAGAGUUUGAUAGCUUUUCUGAUAAAACUUACUAUUAAGGUUCUAAAAUAUUUGCGACUAAUUCUACAAGCUUAAAGGAAAGUUUAUGAAGUAAACUUGUAAAAAUAAAGAGGAAUGGUUUUAAGCUUAGAUUAGUAAUUUCAGUUUAACUCACUUUUGAUUGAAAAAUUAAAAAGAUUAUUAAAAAUAGGUAUCCAAUCAUUUGUUCAAAUAAUUUGCUUGGUUUGAAAGAAACUAUAUUAUUUUCUAUCUUGGAUGGCUAAGUAUUUCAGACUAGAUGUUCAGACUUUUGUCUAAUAGAUUGUUGGAAGUUUUAGGAUAUUUCGUAGCUUCCUUCGCAUUCUUCUGUUAUUAAUGAUAUAAUAAAGCUGGUAGUUACGAUUAUUAAUCUAUUAUUUAUUUUUGUGUCAAAUAAAGUACAAUCACUCCCAAAAGUUCUUAGAAAUCAAGCACGGGAAUAAUAAAAAUAUGAAAAAUUAACCAAUGUAUACUUCACCAUAAAUUAUUCAAAAAUAUCACAUUAAACACCAAACUCAAACCCUAAACCAUCACUUC